AUGCCCGAUUUCGCCAAGUCGCUGUUUUCAUUUGGCGGGUUUAGUAAGAGCAGCAACAGCAGCCAGAACUCGUCGCCGACCGGGUCAGCGAACGUGUCACCCGGAUUGCAUCCGCUGAAGGAUAAGCCGAUUAGCGCUGUGACGCAGAGCAAUGCCGCUCCUACGUUCAGAUCAAGCACUUCGUCGGCUGCGACUGCUCUGAGUUUGGGGUUUGGUCGCAGUGGAGGAAGCGGUAGUGGCGGUUCAGAGGACCAGAUGGUUCUCAGUGACGAGGAUAAUGGGUCCGCCUCAGGAGGGGCUGGUGGUGCUGGAGCCGCGAAUAGCGGACUGGCUACUGCCCGGCCUUCGACUGUGGACGUUGGUGGGUCUGAUUCGGCUAAUAGUAAUGCAGUAGUGACCAUUUUGGGUAACGAUACUCAGGCAAAUGGAUUGGGUGCAGUGACUACUGUGCCCGAAGCCGGUCUUAGUAGCGUUAGACCUAUGGGUAAACUGCGAGUGAGAAUUAUUGAAGCUCGUGGGUUAGUGGCCCAGCCUGAAGGGUCUAUUCCGUACGUCGUUUGCACGUAUGGCACUUCCGAAUUCAUUUCUCAUGGCCCUACUGGCACCGGUUCAGGAGGUGAUCCUUCAGUAUCAGCAGGUGCUGGGGCCAACUCGACACAACCAAUUGGCAUUGCAAUCCCCAAGAGCAGACAAUCGUCGAGUCUGACUCUGUCGAAACUGAAUAAUGGCGCCCAUCGAGGCGCUGGAUCUAAUACUAAUCCCAUGUGGAAAGAUGAGGCUCAAUUCGAUGUCACUUCGAACGACGGCGAAUUGGAAGUAUCCAUUUAUGAUGCCAAAAAUAACGAUCUUUUCCUGGGCCAUGCUCGAUUAAAACCUGAUUUGACGUCUCGUGUUAUUGAGAAAUGGCUCACUUUAGAACCUCGGAUUCAGGGUGAACGUGUAUCUGGAGAAGUCCGAGUGGGCAUCUUUUACGAAAAGGUGUCGAAACGACAAUAUGGACCUCAGGAUUUUGAAGUGCUUCGUCUCGUUGGUAAAGGUACUUUUGGUCAGGUUUACCAGGUGCGAAAGAAGGAUACUCAACGUAUUUAUGCUAUGAAAGUCCUUUCUAAGAAAGCCAUUGUUCAGAAGAAGGAGAUUGCUCAUACUAUUGGCGAGCGGAAUAUCCUUGUACGCACCAGUUCGGCCAAUUCAGCAUUUAUUGUUGGUCUGAAGAUGUCGUUUCAGACCCCUACCGAUUUGUAUCUAGUAACUGAUUACAUGUCAGGAGGAGAACUGUUUUGGCAUCUUCAGAAAGAAGGACGAUUCAGCGAACAACGAGCCAAAUUCUAUAUUGCUGAGCUGAUUGUGGCUCUAGAACAUUUGCACGAUAACGAUAUUGUAUAUCGCGACUUGAAACCUGAGAACAUUCUUUUGGACGCUAAUGGACACAUUGCUUUAUGUGAUUUCGGACUUUCCAAAGCCAAUUUGAAUGACAACGGUACCACCAACACAUUCUGUGGAACCACCGAAUAUCUUGCACCCGAGGUGCUGUUGGACGACCAGGGAUAUACUAAGAUGGUGGAUUUCUGGUCGUUGGGCGUUCUUGUGUUUGAAAUGUGCUGUGGCUGGUCUCCUUUCUAUGCCGAGGAUAAUCAACAGAUGUACAAGAACAUUGCAUUUGGCAAAGUUCGAUUUCCCAAGGACGCACUUUCUCCUGAUGGACGCAAUUUUGUGAAGGGUCUGCUCAAUAGAAAUCCUAAACAUCGUCUUGGUGCUACUGACGAUGCUAGAGAGUUGAGAGCGCAUCCUUUUUUCUCAGACAUCAACUGGGAUUUGCUAAUUGCCAAGAAGAUUCCUCCUCCGUUUAAGCCACAAGUAUCUUCUGAGACCGACACAUCAAACUUUGAUCCCGAAUUCACUCAAGCAUCCACCAGUGUUCUUCACAGAGCAUUUAUGCCUGUGUCAUCCACUCCUCUUUCGCCAGGAAUCCAGGCCAAUUUCCAAGGAUUCACGUACGUCGACGACUCGUCAUUGGACGAGAAUUUCCGAUCUCGACUCGGCACUAGUGUGCGACCCAAGUCACACAUUCAGCACGACGAUGACAUUGACCUUUACGACGACAAGGAUAUCAAGAUCUCCGAAUCCUAUUAUAACGAGUCUGACCUGAUGGCCCGUUCCAUCAAGCGCACUGGACCCCUAUCAGGACUUGGCCCUCACGGCUCCUCCGGCUUGAAACCUCCCGGCCAUAGCGCUCAAGGCCAUUCUCAAGGACACAACCAGGGGCACAAUAAUGACGGCGACUACGAUGCCGACGUUGAUAUCAUGAUGGAAGACGACGAGCACGACUUUGUCAAUGGCCAGGGCUUUGAAAUGUGA